AUGGUAAAGGAGCCAAACAGGCUUUGGGAAAAAAAUCAGCACUGGCGUGUUUAUGACCAGCAAAGAGAGGCCUAUGUUCAGGGGAUUCUGGCCAGAACUGCAGAGCUCGAGCAGCAGUUAAACCAAGCCAAGCAAACACUCCAACAACAGCACAAAGAGGCCAAUUCAGAAGGUCAGUCAUCUGCCUCCAUGCAGCAGGAGAAGCAGCUGCAGGAGAGCCAGAGGGAGAUGGAGGAGGAACACAAACGGGCGUGCCACCUACAGGCCGAGCUUGAUGAGCUGAAGGCCAGGUAUGAAGAGAAGAGCCGUGAAGUGGUGCGAGCCCAGGAGGAGCGCAGAAGUGGCCGACAGAUUCCAGCAGAGGAAAGGAAGCUGAAUAUGGAGCAAGUAGCCAGACUGCAGUGUGAGAUCGAGGCAGCUGAUGUAAGGAUCGAGGAGGAAAGGAAGAGAGCGGCCGAGUUGCUACUGCAGGUGAACCUUCUUCAGAAAUCUCUCCUGACUCAGCAUGAAGAUCAGAAAAGAAUAGCAGUUUUAGAGCAACAGUAUCACUUUGAGGGAAAAGUUGCAAAUGUAAUUGAAUCAGUCCACACCAAUGAACCUGUUGGGGUUUUAUUUUCUGAAACUCGGUUCUCUGUGCCGAGCUCAUACAGGCUGGAUUUGGAGAAGAUGACCAUUCAAGACCGCAUCCUGAACCCAACAUCUCCAGUAAAGAGCUCCAGCAUGUUGGAUGAGAGCUUUCUGGAGUGUCCCAACUGCAAGGCCUUGUACCCUACAAGCCAGCACCGAGAGCUCCUUGCACAUCAUGACCACUGCUUUAGUUAA